CUUCAGAUCCUUUGGAGAUUGAGCCCUCCUCCAUACCAAUGUCGGUCUUCUGUUUUCUUGCCCAACACUCUUAACUUUGACCACCCAACCAGAACCCCCCACUGGGACAAAGUUCCGACAUUGAGGGCAAUGAUUUCCCAAAAAUGUUUACUCCCACGGGAUGAAAAUCGAAAUUCCUCAAAACAGCGACGGCUCAGAUUUGUCCACGCAAAAAACUAAUGAACUCCACGCAGCGCCGCACUGGUUCUCCCCUUUGUUUUUUUUAGUCCCCUCCAUUGCCUUGGCACACAGCAGGCGCAUCGCUUGGGGCUUCACUAAUCAGAAGUCGAGAGAUUGUUAAAGAACCUUCUUCUUCCCUUCUUCAUCAAGUCAUUCCCAAACAGACCUUUACUUCUCUCUCUCUCUUCCUCUAGAUCAGUACAACCAAAACAACUACAAAAUCAAAGGCCAUUCUUUUCAAAUCCAAUAUCAAUCCUAUUCUUAAUCCUUUAUUUUUUCAAUAAUUCCAUUGAAAAAUAGAAUCUUCUUUUGGGAUUAUUGAAUUAUUGUUAUUAUUUAUAAUAUCGACAGCUUUUCUUAACAAUUUUUCUUUUUCGUGAUCUGCAACAAAUCAAAGUCUCUUUCAAUCUUUCAUCAACAUGACGACAGGAAACCCUUCGUACACAAACCCAAAACCCUGCAAGCACCUUGCAGAUUACAAGCUUAACCAUGGCUUGAGUGGCUAUAAAUCCCUCCAAAAGCACCUCAAGACUGCCCCGCAUGGGAAAACAAGUGUUGGGAAACCCAACACAAAGACACCCAGAUGCAUUUCUUGUGAUGGGUUUCAAGGUAGACUCUAUUUUUGCCUGAUUUGCUCCUCAGUCUCAUGUUUGGACCAUAACCUUUUGCAUAUCCAGUCUGAGAUUGGUCAUGAUGUGGCUGUAGACAUUGAAAGGGCGGAGCUUUAUUGCUGUGUGUGCUGUGAUCAGGUCUAUGACCCUGAUUUUGAUAAGGCUGUAAUCUCCAAGCACAUCAUGGGCAUCACAGGAGACAAGAAUGGUGAUGAGAGUAUUGGAAAGAGAUUGGUUAAGAGGAGGAGAUUGAGCUCAGGUGUAGUUGAAGAAUUGGUGGAUUCGAAGAUAUCUAAACAGUUAAUUUCCAUGAGAGAUCGGAGGGCGAAAUCUUGUUAUCCAUUGGGUUUGAGAGGAUUGAAUAAUCUUGGGAAUACUUGUUUCAUGAACUCCGUGUUGCAAGCAUUGCUACAUGCACCUCCUUUCAGGAAUUACUUCUUGAGUGGAGGGCAUAAUCACGAAACUUGUCGGAAAAGAUCGGUGGGUCGGCUGUGCUUACCUUGUGACAUUGAUGUCGUUUUCUCGGCUGCGUUUUCAGGUGAUCGGGCACCAUAUAGCCCUGCUCAGUUUCUUUACAGUUGGUGGCAGCAUUCAGCAAACCAGGCAAGUUAUGAGCAGAAGGAUGCUCACGAGUUCUUCAUUUCAGUCUUAGAUGGGAUCCAUGAGAAGGAGGUAAAGUCAACUCAAUCAAGGAACCAAAAUAGAGAUAAUGGAGAUUGCCAGUGUAUUGCUCAUGGGGUAUUCUCUGGACUCUUGAGAUCAGAUGUCACGUGCAUGACCUGUGGAUUCACUUCAACAACUUUUGACCCUUGUGUGGACAUCUCACUUGACCUGGACACAAACAAUUUCCCUUCAAAAAAUACAGCUACCAAGUCAAUCAAACCCGAUGCAAACAGCAGUAUGUCUACUCUUCUGGGUUGUUUGGAUUUGUUCACAAGGCAGGAAAAGUUGGGAUCAGACUCAAAACUUUACUGCCAAAACUGUCAUGAAAGGAGAGACUCGGCGAAACAAAUGUCCAUAAAGAGGCUCCCAUUGGUGUUGUGUUUGCAUAUUAAACGAUUUGAGCAUUCACCUGUUACAAAAAUGUCGAGAAAAAUUGACCGCUAUUUGCAGUUUCCUCUCUCCUUGGAUAUGACACCAUAUUUGUCCUCCUCAGUUGUCAGAAACAGAUUUGGGAAUAGAAUCUUUGCUUUUGAGACUGGCGAAUCAGAUAUUUCUGCAGAAUUUGAGAUUUUUGCCGUGGUUACUCAUGCUGGAACGCUUGAAUCUGGCCAUUAUGUUAAUUUUCUGCGCUUAAGAAACCAAUGGUACAAAUGUGAUGAUGCAUGGAUUAAUGAGGUUGACGAGGGGAUGGUGAGAGCAUCGCAGUGCUAUAUGAUGUUCUACGUGCAAAAAUCGCUUUACCAGAAAGCCAAUGAGGAUUGGAGCUGCCUGCCGAUUUCCCCAAGGAGAAACAUGUUUGGCCAGUGAGAAGUGGGGGAGAAAGAAAAGACUUCCUUGUUGAUGGGUUGCUUUCAGGGUUCAGCCAUGGAAGACAUCAUAAUUAACUGUUUAUCAAGGUUUAGCCAUGAAAGGCAUCAACAAAUGCAGAACAGGAUGAUCAUUAAUUUGAAAAGAGAUGCUCGUUUUCAAAUUCCUCUAAAUAUGAUUUAUUAAAUGGCUGCACAGGAGAUUGAUUGGCUGUAUAUAGGGUGACUAAAGCUAAAUUCUGGGGUGCCACCUGAACUUGUACAAGAUUUUUCUCUCAAGAUUCUUUGACCGCUGGCCAGUCGUGUGCAAAAUAAAUCCUCACGACUGAAGUCAUUCUGUUUUUAAUGUUGCUAUUCAAAUAUCUAAUUGGAUUAGGAAAUGACUGGUUUUGGCCUCCAGGGUAAGAUACAAUAGCCUGCUAUGGUGCUAUGUCUCUCACAAACUAAGAAAUUUUGAUUGCGAAGCUCUUUCUUGUAGGAAUUACAGGACAAGGUCUCAAUGUACACGCUUGAUGGUGAACUAUAGUUUUCUUUCUGAUGGAGAGAAUAGAGAGAGGAGUAAAGAAAGAUUGAUGAUGAGGGAUAACUUGGGCACUCAACUUUUUUCUCGUUUAUUUUUUUAAUUGAGAAAUGUCUGAAAGUGUUUGGUUCUCAAGGAGAUUCUCUAAACAUAAAAUUGACAAAUUGACGGGACAUUUUGUGAUAAGUUGGAUCAUCAACUUUUUAUAAAAAAAUCUGAUAGCAAGCAGAAUUGUGCAUUAAUAUGUACAUUAAUUAAUGUGAUUCGUUAAAAAGUAAAUUUUAUUAAAAAUAAUAUUAAUUUAAAUCUUGAUUUUAAAGGAAUCAAUAUUAAUAUUCAGAUUAGUACGUGAUUUUGUUUGUAUGUAAUAAAAUUCUAUCAAUCAUCGUGGAUCUUGCAUUUUUCUUUUACGUUUGUCGGGCCACUUAUUUGGACCGUUUCAAAUAGAGUGGGCUGAGUCAGGUUGAAUGUAAUCCGACGUAGGCCCAUAUCUUGAAAGCCCAAAAUCUAACCCAAGUCAUUCUGUUGUGUCGACAAUUCAGACUUCAGAGAGCUACAUAAGUCGGGCCAUCAUAUGAAUUUCCAUUUUUACCCUCCUAGGUGACUUGCCAGGCUCUCAAUACGCCAGUAGCCCAGUCGCCCGAGUCGUUCUCAUCCCCUUCUCUGAGUUCUCUCCCUCUGUCUUUCUGGUGCUUCGCGCCGCCCUGAACGGAGACCAUAGUCUUGCUUUGAACUCCUGCCGAUUACUAUUCCACAUGGCAUAUGUGGUUUAUACGAAAGGAAGCUUAAGGAGUUAAAUCCAGCCAUCAGAAACAUCACGUAUGACAUUGCAGAUCUCUACAAUUUCAUUGAUGGGCUUGCAGAUAUGAGUGCCUUAGUCUCCAGAGAUACAAGUCCAUGACCCCUAAAACUUCAUUUUAUAAAUCGAGGCCAGCCAGUCAGCCAGUUGAUUACUAUUAGAGGACUUAUUGACAUUAUGAUCACUCCAUCCCUGCUUAUUUGCCGUAUGAUAGAGAAUGGAUUAAACAGCGGACGUUUCAACAUCUAAAGAAAUUGGCACACUGAAUUUAGCAUGAUGCUGCAGCUCAAGUCUGUAGUUACUACCAGACUGUUGAGUUGGAGCUAUCCGUGUGGGAGUAGCUUGUCUUUUGACACAAGGUGUUUAAGCAGAAACUUUUACCCUCUCUGUGCAUCUAUAUUAUACUCCCUUCUCUAGGGAGGUUGACCUUGACAUCGGAAGCUACUGUACUUAUGUGUGAAGUUCGAUGUUUUUUCGAAAUCUGUUUGCCUAUAUUGUUCUUCCUCUAUCCUUCUAUCCGCCGGCCUCACUUCCAAAUCAAUGCGUUUAUGUAUGAUACAAUAUACGGUCAUUAUUCCUUGGGACUCUGUAAUGGACGGUCAGAUGUUUCAUGUCAAAUAUGUGGAAUAUCCUUUGAACUCGAAGGAACCAAAUUAUGGGCUUGUGGAUCAAAA